AGCGGGCGACCCUUCAGCGCCAAAAAGGUUUAUCUUCUUUCUUCCCAGUCCUUCUAGUGGUGCCCUUGACUCUCCGGUGCCCUCGACGUUGAUUCACAGCGUCAACGGCGCGUUGUACAACCACACAUACACAUUCAUGGCGUCUACUCGCGUGAGCUUGACACGCUACCUGCAUCAGAUAGGAACGACAACCGCACUACCGACUACCGCUCUCUGUUAGCCCACGCUGUGUAAAUGGGGAUGUGCUGUUGUAAGCCGUCUCCGGCGGCGGAAAGGUCCCCGGUGGCGGAGAGGUCCCCCGCUGACCGACUCGCUGGCAGAUUCAACGUGAGCCCUCGCUUUCGAAAUCCGUUCAGCGUCGAACCGCCUCUACUGUCCUCCGUGCCAAACGACGGCAGCGACAUCGAUGCACCCGCGGCUAUCAAAUCUGCUGAUACGGACAGCAGUGGGAAUGACAACGCGACUGCUGGACGCCACGGGGCCUCCGACACACGCGUUUUCCUGCCGCGUCGUCGUGGGGCCGUCUGCGGCGAAGCUCUCUCUUGCUACUUGAAAGAUGUGAAGUGGUGGGGCAGUGCGAAGGAUCCACAUAGCGAUACACCAGAUGCACGGCAGAGCGAGCUGGACACGGUGCGACACGUUCUGCUCACCCACUCUCUCUUUACCGACUGCCGCGACGAUGCGGAGUUGAUGGAAGAGAUGCUACAUGCCUUUGAGCGCCAGGAGACGGCGCCGGGAGAAGUCAUAGCGUUUCCGCUGGAGGUCACCGCCUUUCAUGUUGUUGUGCAGGGUAGAGCGGUGGCGGGGCUGACACAAACGAAGGCAGACGAAACGUCAAGCUUGAACGCCGACAAUCUUUCUCGCCCUUUACAAGGCUCAUGUCCCGCAACGGAAGCCAUGCAUGAGAGCGGCAAUAACGAUGCUCCCCGUGAUCGCGUCGGCGACAGAACGCAAUGGAACGUCGGUGAGGCCUUCGGCAGUGAGGGACUCCUCUACCCGUUAUCUUCUCGCUACAACGACUCCUCCGUACACGCGGCAAGUGCAUCGGAGGAUGGCAACGCUGAUGCGAGUGCCAGCACCUCUAACACGGUCACCUGGCGCUUAAGUCGGGUGCGCUAUCAGCAGCUCCUACGCCUGCACUACGAUGAGCAGCUGCGUCGCAUUCUGCGUGCGCUCUCGCAGUGCCCACUGCUGCAACACCUCACGCCGGUGCAGCUCUUCGACCUGGCUGAGAAGGCAGAGGUCGUCACGCGGGGUGCGGCGGUGCCGCUGCUCUGCGCCGGCGAGGCCCCUAAAGAUUUGUUGGUGUUGAUGUCCGGCACCGUUGCGGUGGAGCACGAGCGGGCGAACGGCCAUGGUGGGCAGGCGCGCAUCCAGGCGGCUAUCUUAAGCGUGAGCGACUGCGUUGGCGAUGAAGAGUGGCUCGCCGGCUGUGCCGCGUCCUCGUCUGCGCACCCCUGUGCUGCCGCUGCUACCUACACCUACACCACGCAGCAGCCGAUCGAGGCGGUGCGCCUCUCCCUUCAAGCUUUGAUGGACCUCCUUUCCCCGGCGGACCUCGCGGCGCUGCAGCACAACAGCCGCAAUGUGCGUGAAAAGGAUCGCCGUGAGGAGCAGGUUAGAGAGUCGGUGCGUGCGCUGGUGGAGCAGAGCCUGCUCGCCCGUCUCUCCGACGACACCGACAUCGAGGACACGGCAGAGGAAGCAGAAGACGGAAGCUACGAGAGGAAGAAGCCAGCUGCAGGGCCGGCCAAAUUCAUCGGGUCGGCGGCCUUUCCAAAUGGGCGGCAGCUGGCGCAGGAGCCGGUGAUGGACGACGUCACGGUGAAAGGCGCGGAUGUGACGAACUUCUUGCUGAGUAACUUUUUCACCCGCCCCACGUACUGCCACGCGGAUGGGCGCGAGCGCGGGUUGUCGAUGGCGGCCUUCACCGCCAAGCGCUCCUACCCGCGCGGCGCCGUCCUCUUCGAGGUCGCCUACGAGCCGCACGGAGACACUACUGGAGCAUCGCAUUCUCCGAAGCUCGUCGCACAUUCGCCAGCCAAGGCGGAUCACCUCUACGUCGUCGCCUCGGGGGCCAUCAGUGUGCUGGACGCCGACAGCGGCGCCUGCAUCUUCACCGCCGUACGCGGCAACAGCCUCGGCGAGGAAGGACUGCUGCCGCCCCUUCACUGCUUCACCGCCGCUCCGCUGCACACCCGCGUCGUCGUCACGGGCGAUGCGGGUUGUGAGGUGUACGAGCUCAGCGCGAAGGCCUUCCGAGAGUUCCUGCGCCGGCCCUACGUCGCGGGCAUCCGUCAGUUUUGCGGUGUCUUCUGCAGCCUGCCCUGCGCGGAGUACUUCCCCGAGAAUUACUGGCGUUUUCUGUUUCACUGCACGACGGAGCAGGAGGUGGUCGGGGGUGACCCGAUUGGGAUGCAAGGGGCACCGUGCGUCUACGUAGCCCUGCUCCUGGAUGGACGGGUGAACGCCUACCGUGGCGGAGCAGAACGCAUUCCGGCAACAAGGAACGGGCAGCGCGACACCGGCGAUGGCCAGGACGAAGCCGUCGCUACCUUUCGUCGCGGCGACAUCGUGGGCGGGCAGGAGGCGAUGGAGGGCGGCGCGUUGGCGGCGGCGUACGUGUGUGAGUGCCGCACCCGGAUGCUGUGCGUACCGGCCAGCUCGUUUGGCGGAUUAUUCCGUCCCGCCAUGCCGUACCUCCAAUCGCUCUGGUCGCAGGACCGCUACAAGGCGCUGAGGCAGGUGCAGUGA